UGAAUAGGUAGGUAUUCAAAUCAAAAUACUUCUCACAUACCACUACUUCACCACAAUCACAGCAAACAAGUAAGUAAUGUUUUUCACCGCUACUGGUUCUAGUGUGAGUAGUGAAACUUUUUAGUAGCGCGAAAAAUUCCCAAAUUUGAUAUAUCUCAUAUUUUGGUUAUCACUAAUAACGUAAGGCUGCGUAGCUAGAGUGCUAAGUUGUAUUGUAUGUAUGCAAAGAGAGAGUAUAAGCCAUAAUGAUAGGAAGAUGUAUCAUCUUCUAUUGGUACUUCUAAAGUUGAUGAAUCAUCUGACAACACUGUUCGCAUGCAGUCCACAUCGAGUAACGGGAAGUCCGUGGUAGAACACGUCAUAUGACACAUGCUUACAAAAGGUUAUGUUGUGUGCAUGUUUUGAGACUUUUCACUUAAGCUGUUAAUUUUGUGUGUCUUUCUGUUGAGUUUUCACAUUUGCAACUUUACUAAAGAAGAAAUGAAGAUGCCAAAAAAAAGAAAACACGCUGAGGUCGAAGACUCUACCACUCUAGAGCUUCCUCCGCCUGUGAGGCACUCAGACGAACCUGUGCAGAAGAAGAAAAAAUGGGUGAACAAGCAGCGAGUUCUAGUCCUAGCUGCAAGAGGCAUUAACCAUAGGCACAGACACUUAAUGGAAGAUAUGAAAAAACUUAUGCCUCACCAUAAACCUGAAUCGAAAAUGGAGAGGUCAAAAACAUUGUCGAUUAUCAACGAAAUGUGUGAAAUGAAGAAUUGUAACAAGGCUGUGCUAUUUGAAGGCAGAAAGAAGCAAGAUUUAUAUAUGUGGCUUGCCAAUGUACCCAAUGGGCCUAGUGUAAAGUUCCUGAUUGAAAAUGCAUCUACAAUGGAUGAGCUAAAACUCACUGGCAACUGCCUAAGAGGAUCCAGACCAGUGUUGAGUUUUGAUCCAGCUUUUAAUGAGAAACCACACUACUCGCUCCUCAAAGAAGUUUUUACUCAAAUAUUUGGUGUUCCUAAACAUCAUCCAAAAAGUCAACCAUUCUUUGAUCAUGUCUAUACUUUCAGUGUAUUAGACAACAGAAUCUGGUUUAGGAAUUAUCAGAUUCUGUCAGAGGAUGGAGCUUUAGCGGAAGUUGGGCCUAGAUUUGUUCUGAACCCUAUGCUCAACUGUGUAUGGUGUAUUUGAUCAUUCAUAUACAAUUUCCAUUAUCACGACCAUGGUGCCAAGUAGGAAUGUAGUAAUUCCCUCAGAAGCAACCAAAAUGGAUUCCAUUUUCAUUUGAAAGAAAAUUGUUUAUUCUCAACCAUGACAUCAACCUUACAAGGAAGUAUCACUCUAAUAAAUAUCGUUUAAAUGUAAAAAUUUUCUCGGGAGCUUUUGGUGGUGUAGCCCUGUGGGAAAACCCCCUGUAUAUCAGUCCCUCAAAAUAUCGCCGGCAAAUAAGACUAGCAGCUAGAGACAAGUACAUUCACAGGGUCCAACAGAAAGCACAUGCUGAGGCUACUAGACCAGUUGACGCUUACACGGAGAAGCCUUUUGAUGACAUUUUCAAAGGUGACCCAUUUGAAAAGGCUGUUGAGUAUGAAACUGGUGAAAAUAAAGAACAUGAGUUGAGAGACGAAAUAAAUGUGCCACAAAAGAAGUAUAAAAAGAAAAAGAGGCUUAGUAGAGUAGGGCAAAGCAAUGGUGUUGAAGUCGAUAAGGUAAAAGGGGAGAAACCUGGUUUUAAAGUGAAGUUAGCAAAGAAAAUAAAUCGUAAAGUUAAAUCAAACGUUUCGAAAUGAUGUAAUUUUUUGAUAAAUAUACGUUUUAUAACACUG